UGCAGGGCCGGGAGGCGGCGUUGCCACAGCAGCGGCGGUCGGAGCGGAGCCGGAGCCGCAGCCCGAUUCCGAGCCGGCGGUCGGGGCGCGCCAUGGAGGGGCUGGAAGGUGAGGUUGCAGUGCAAACUGGAGAUCUGUUGCCAUGUAAGAUUUGUGGAAGGACUUUCUUUCCAGCAGCACUGAAAAAGCAUGGACCCAUUUGCCAAAAAACUUCUGCCAAGAAAAGGAAGACAUUCGAUUCCAGCCGACAGAGAGCAGAAGGAACUGACAUUCCCACAGUAAAACCUCUUAAGCCACGGCCAGAACCACCCAAAAAACCUUCCAACUGGCGACGAAAGCAUGAAGAAUUUAUAGCAACUAUACGAGCAGCCAAAGGACUUAAUCUUAAAGAUGGUGGAAAACUCCCUCCACCACCUCCGCCAUCAUAUGACCCUGAUUACAUUCAGUGUCCAUAUUGUCAGAGGAGAUUUAAUGAAAAUGCAGCUGACAGACACAUCAAUUUCUGUAAGGAGCAAGCUGCACGUAUUACUAAUAAGGGGAAAUUGGCAGCUGAUACCAAAGGGAAGCUUCCUACUCGAACACAGUACAAACCUGCUGCUGUUAAGAAGAUGCCUUCUGUAGGAUCAACACCAUCACCAUCGUCACGCUUACCACAGCCGAGUGGCAUUAGCAAAACUGUUGUAGGUGCCUCUUCAAGUAAAGCACUGCCUUCAUCUGGAUCCAGUGGAAGUAAAAUUCAGACGUUAUCACCAGCUCAUAAAAACUCACUGGGAGUGGUGAACCCACAGGCAGGAGGCUCAGCAAAAGCCCGGACAUCAACACCUCCUAGUGUGGCAAGAACCAUGAGCACGGGUGCUUUACCAAACAAAAGAAAAACUAGCAAUUCAGAUGCUUACUUAAGGUCUGACGGUAAAAUUGGAUGUGACAGUGGAGACUGUGCAUCCUCAGUCAAUGGAGGAAGUUCAAAAAGCAGCGAAAGAAUUUCACCUGUACACUUAUCAAAGUUCUGCCAUGAAUGUGGAACAAGGUAUCCAGUGGAGUGGGCAAAGUUUUGCUGUGAGUGUGGAAUUCGAAGAAUGGUUGUGUGAACAUAUCCUUAAAAGCAAAAAGAAAAUGAGAAAUUGGAAGCAUCUGCUAUGUACUGUUGCAUGGAAAGCUAGAGCACUCCAGCCAGUUUGACUUCAUGCUGCAAACAUGUCUAAACAUCAUUUUGUAAUUUUCUGA